ACGAGUUGGUUAAACACAGUUUUGCUGUCGCGGCCUGACAUUAGUUCAUAAGGAUUAAAAUGAUACCGUUAACUCCGUGGAAAGCAUCCAUUGCUCUGUGCUGGUGCUAUAUUGCAGUCGGCGCCACUCUGAUCCCACGCCUUCCCAUCGGUGGGAACACCGUUCCACCGCCACGCUCUGUCACGGCAAUGAAACCCGUUCUUCCCGUCCGCAGCAUUCCCGUCGUCAGCUGUCGGCCGGAUCUUAUACCGAAGCUGGCAGAACCGGGUUUUUGCGCCAAUCUCGACCAAUUGGAAAGCAUGUGCGGAACGUUGGAGAUCAGUGAUUCCUUGCAGUGCCCGAAUUUUACCGGAAACUUCUGCUGCUACAAAUCGUUGGCUCAAGGCAACACUCUGAUGAGUACUACCGCUCCAUUAACAACAACAACCAAGCCAACAACGAGCGCGACGUCUCGUGCAACGUCCGCCGUAACGAAUCCGAGCAUUCCGGUGCGUGCGUUAGCGGCGGCACCCGUCAAAAAUAAAGUCGUUAUCCCCGUUAAGAUGCCGGUGAGCAGUACGCCAUUCAGGAUCACAACGACAACGAAGAAGCCAGUGAUGCUGACCACGCCCAAAACCAAGUCGGCAGUGCAUGUGCGUUUCGCGGGACGUAGUAUGGUGAUUUGAUUGACUGACGAAAGUCUACAAAUGAGCACCACAAUGAGUACAAAAUGCCGGCAACGAAUAACAGUCUAACCGCCGAUCUCAUGCGAAUAGUUCCUUUCCUGUGUAUGGAUAUGUAUACAGUUACAGUCAUGCCGGUCAGUUGAUGUUAAGAUGAAUUUUCGCCCGAUGUAUAAACCGUAAUUUUAGCUACGCACUACGCAGUAAUUCUGCACUGUGCACUAAUCGAUGAAGAAUCCAUUUUCUUUGCGUUGAUGUAAUUUACAUACGCUUUUUAGAAGAAAGUCGAGCAAACAUACUCAGUUUAAAUCCCAACUGAGGCCGUUUUUAAAUUUUGAUUUUUGUUGCUUGAAGAGCUAUGUUUUGUAGUCGAACGGUAAAUUUCGCAUAUGAUGCUUGAAAAAAAAACGUUAAACCG